CCGUCCUCCUCGACGUGUUCUUUGGUUUUACUGUUUUUUGAGUGUGCCCCAGUUCGCCGAUUCUCUCUCUUUUCUUGUUGUCAUGAAUAUUCAAAUGGCGAAGAAAAGAAUCCAUACGCUCAUUUACAAGUAACCACUGUUUGUGCUAUCUGCCAGAAAAUUCAAUUAUUCAGUAUCAUUCUCUUUUUGGGUUGUGUUUUCUUUUUCAUUCCAGUGAGAAUCCAACGUUUUCUAGGAGAAUUUAAGUCUAUUCAACAGAAUCCAACGUUUUCUAGGAGAAUUUAAGUCUAUUCAACUGUUUUCUCGUGCUUUAUUUCUUCUAUCUGGAAAUUCAGCUGUUGUAUCAAAUUAAUUAGAUCUAGAAGGAAUUCGAUAUGAAUGGAUUCAGAAUUUUGUGCCAAUUAUAGUUUAUAUACAUGUAGUGAUGAGAAUUUUGGCAUUGGGUUAGGGUUUUUGAAAGUUAGAUUUUUGUUGGUUGGCUUUGGGUCUGUGGUGUAUGCUUGUAGGCUGUAUGACUUCAAGUUAUUUGCAUUCUGUUUCUGCUUGGUUAAUCAUUCCCCUUCAACACACUUUCGAGAAAAUUAUUUGUACUCUGAAUUCUGAAUCAUCUGCCUUUAUUGUGGUUCAUAAUUCAUAUCUGUAAAGUUAUGAACUGGAAGGCAAGCUGGUCUUGAGAACUCCAUCUGACUAAUUACAUGUUUGUUUGAAAAUUGUUGAAAGGUAUUGCGGGCGUUGUCCUUUUCUUGAUAAUUGCCUAUUUUCCAUCUGAACAUCUCUUGAAUUGAGAUGUACUUCAGUCUGCACCCUUCAUGAGUUUGUGUUAUUUCUGUACUCCAUUGUUUAUGAUUGCCUUUGUAUGUUAGUAAAAUUUUAUUUUUACUUUUAGCCAGAUUUUGAGAACAUUAUUUAUCUUGCUGAUGUAGUUGGUUUUGCUCUUAGCCUGCUAUUUAAUAUUUUGCUCUUACCAAAAUCACCAACAACUUCAAAUGUCAAGUCAAGUGGAGGCCUGAGCUGCUGUGAAUUCUUCUUUUUCUAGAUACACAUACGUGGAAGCCUUCCGUGUUAUUUUGUUGUCAUGCUACUAGUUGCUAUUAUUAUGAAUGACUAGCAACUAGCAAGAGAGUUUGGUUCUGUGCCUUGGCUUUAAUGUUCCUCCAUGCUAGUGCAUGGAUAUAUCAUAUAUGUAUGUGAUAACUUCACACUUCUUUGCUUGUUCAGAUGCGUGGUUCAGUUUUAAAGUAAGUUUAUUCUAACCAUCAUUAGUGUGGACAGGUUAUCAAAUUAUUGAGAACUUUCAUCAUAUGAAUAUGGAAAAAACAAUAGUCAUGAGUUGGCCUAUGGUAAAUAGGAGUAUGACAUUGAUAAAGGGUUAAAAGAGGAUAUGGAUUCAAUUCACGGUGGCUAACUACCUAUCUAGGAUUUAAUAUCCUACAAAUUUCCUUGACAUGCAAAUGUUGUAGGUUCAAGUGGAUAGUCUCAUGAGAUUAAUCGAGCUUCUUUGGCUAACCCUACAUGGGAAACAAACCCGUGAAGCAAAGGGAUGAAAUUUUCGUGAAGGUAGCACCUCCUUUGGACCAAGCAUUUGUUAGAUGGCUAGCUCGUGAUCUCGAAAGGAUUCAUGGCUUCCCCCCGAGAAAUCCCCGUGCCGUGAAGCCUCCCGAUCACUACAUAGAGUUCAUGCGCUUGUAUGGAUGGUUGGACGUGAGCUUAGAUGAUCCAGAUCUCGCACGUUUACUCAAAUAGCCAUGUCUUACAAACUCAAAACUGCAUCAUUGUGGACAUCUAUCCUCUAUCUUCUUAUAAUGUUAGUUCAAACACUCUCCAACUGUCUUUGGAGGUAAUCCAGUUUAUGUCAAUCAGUUGUCUGUUAGUAAUUUCUGUCAACAUGAAGUAUGGAAUAAAAUUGUAUGGUGUAGCCAAACCAUUACCGAAAUGGGAUAUUUGUAAUGUCAUUAUUUACUUCAUAAGUGAACUUAAAACAACUAAAGAAAUUUACAUUCUCUGCUAGUAAA